AUGAAAGCUCUCAGGAAAAAGGAAUGUAAAGAAGUUAGAAAAUCGAGAAGAGAAGGACAGAUCGAAAUCAACAUAAAAUUUGGUUCCAAGAAGAACUUGCCUGACAUCAAAAUGUCGAGCUUUGAAAUAGUUUCAAUGAUCAUCACAUACAGAAGUAACAGACACAAGUCAAAUAAAUUAAUAUUCUAUAUGUUCGAACCAAUAAUCAAAUCGACAACUUAUUGUUAG